CUGGUAGUUUCCUAUUUAAUACAUAAUUCACACGCAACAGGAUUCUUUUAGGGUUCGGAUUUCGUUCUCUCUGCAUCUCUAUCUCUAUAUAUUAUUAAGCUGCACGAGAGAAUUAUCAUUAUUCAAGGCGGUGAAAUCCGAUAAAGAUCGUCCAUCUUCUUCUGUUAAUCGAUCAAGAAUCAGUACAAACAUCCUGUAAAAGACGAAGAUCGAAGGUCGGAGACAAAGAAUAGGGAGUUAAAUCUGGUUGAAGAAGAAAGAAGAAAAGAAUCGAGAAUUGAGGCAGUUGUUAAUUAGAUUAAAGAAAAAAAUCUAUUGUAAUUUUCAUAUCAGAUUUUUGUAUUUGUAAAUUGUAAUGGCUGUUUAUGUGAAAUUCAAAAGUGUAAAGGAUUUCUUCUCUGUUCCUGUGACUAGUGCUUAUACAUCUGUUUCUGAAUUGAAAUCACUUAUUCGUCAUUCCAAAAAAUAUGGUCAUGGCAAAGAUUAUGAUAUUAUUAUCACAAAUCCUCUAACAAACGAAGACUAUAGCGAUGAUGAAUUGAUUCUGAGAAAUAGCUCAGUUUUGGUUCGGCGAAUUCCUGGAGUGCCUCCCCCCAGUAUUGUCAUCAAAUCAAAAAAAGAGGAGGAAGAGGAGGAGGAGAAAAUGGAGGCUAAAAAAGCACUUGAGGCUCAAGAAGAACGAAGUAACUCCAAAUUAAACAAUGAAACUGUUUUAACCUCGCAGUCUCAAGGUGUCAGCAAUGUUUCUAAGGGUGGAAUAUCGACCAUGAGUAGCAGUUUUGGACCUACUGGCCAAGGAAAUUUCAGGGUACCACCAGAAGGCUACAUAUGUUACAGAUGCCGGGUUCCUGGGCAUUUUAUUCAGCACUGUCCUACCAAUGGUGAUCCUGAAUACUACAUAAAACGCCUGAGGCCUCCCACUGGUAUCCCAAAGUCCAUGUUAAUGGUGAAUGCUGACGGCUCAUAUGCAUUGCCAGGUGCAGUUGCUGUUAUGAAGCCCAAUGGGGCUGCUUCUGAGAAGGAAGUUGAAAGCAUACCCUCUGCUUCAGGGCGAGUUAUGAAUUUUCCUCCAGAACUCUACUGCCCAUUGUGUAAAGAAGUGAUGAAAGACGCGGUACUUACAAGAAAGUGUUGUUUUCAGAGUUUCUGCAAUGAAUGUAUCAGAGGCAACAUUAUUUCAAAAUCUAUGUGUAUUUGUGGGGUGAAAAAUAUACCUGUGGAUGACCUCAUUCCUAACAAAACACUUAGGGACACCAUCAACAGCUAUCUCAAAUCAAGUGAUAGUAGUGCAGGAAACACGAAAAGCACACUUACUACUGAAGAUGCAGGGUCUGCUCGUUCUUCUUCGCUACCAAAAAUCUCAUCACCUGCUGAUUGUGGCGGUUCAAAGACAGAGAAGAUACUAUCAUCUGUUAAAGAAGAAAUUUCUGAUGCCAAGGAGGUAGCUAAUGAAGGAAAUCAUGUUGGGGUGCUUCAGCAGUCGCUUGAAAAAGGCAAAUCUAAAGAUGAAGCUCAGUCAUCGAUUCAAAAGGAACAGAGUAGUGCUUCAUUGGUGCAAAAGGAAGUGCAACAGAGGAAGCCUCCUUGUGAUUUAGGAAACAAGAAGAAGAAGGAGAAGAAAAGCUUCUCGAGUCUUGGCGGUAAGCCGCUUGCAGAUGGAGAUUUGUUUUGGGGAACUUCUGAAGCUAUUGCAGCUGAAAAUUAUAUGGGGCCUUUCAGCACUUCUGCAUAUAACAACUCAUACUGGGGUAUGCAGUACGGAAUGCAUGGAUAUAUGGCUCCUUACAAUUAUUAUGGUUAUAGUCAUACAGCUGCUCCUUAUGGAGGAAUGUAUACUCAGAACCCCUUUGGAGGAGAGCAAGGGCCAUAUGCUCCAUGUGAGAGGGAACAUAUUAAAGAUCAAGAGUUCAGUAAAGAAGUUAGCAGAAGUGCAGACCGUUCAUCAAUCAAAGCUAACGAAGCUCAGAAGAGGCCUAUGACUAAGAAAUCUCACAGUAAUGAAAAUAUCGAUCAACACACAUCAAGAACAAAAUCGAGCAGCCAAGGAAAGCAGAGCAGAGUUACACCAGACUCGAGCAGCCAAGGUAAGAGGAGCGGAGUUACACCAGACCGUUGUGAUUAUAGUAGUGAUGUUGAUAAUGGCGAUGAUGAGAGGAAUUUUAAGAGAAAUCGGUUUUGGUAUUAGUCUUCUUCGACUUCACAAAAUAAGAGGCAGAGGCAGAGCUACAUGAAAAAGGUUCAUUUGAGAGGAUAACAAUCACAACAAAUGCGUAUUGUUAGAUAUAUGAAUAUGAAUGUUAAACAUGGUCCAGAAGGGCAGAACAAAAUACUCAAGGAGAUUGAAGAUCCGUCUCUUCGUCUCCAUGUUUCUCGAAGACAUUUAGUCUUUCACUGUCUUCCAUGCUACAUGGAAUUAUGAAAAUGAAUGUAAAAAUCCAUGAACAUGUAUU